AGUCAGACGAACCGAUAACUACCUCUAGAUGUCCCCCGGAUAGGAUCAAUCAUUCCUAUCUUGUCAUCCACGGAGUCUGAAGAGUGCUGCUAGUCCAAUCCAGGUCAGCGGAUUGGCGCUCGUCACACAUCCCCGCAAAGGCUGCUUGGGAGGAGGUGUGAGAUCAGCUGGUAGUACGUGUGUACCUACAGCAAGGACGUGGGGGAUAAAAGAUGCUACGGCAAUGGUCCUUUAGGCAUUGUGGGCGGUGGUAUAACCACGCUCUAUCUGUAUUGUGUGUAUUGUGCAUCGUGUAUUGUGGUCGCACUAUGAAAACCUAAGCUGAGAUGAGGUACUAGGCAUCGAAGGUAGUCUCCCUUAUGAAAGGCGAGCGGGGGCUUCUGGCAGCGAGCUGCUUUUUCACUCAUUUCAAAACGCACAUCACCUCACCUGUACGAUCACGCCCAUCAGGUCUCGCGAGGAUCGAUACUAGUGACAGACGCUCGCUCGAAAAGAAAACUUGUGGUGCUCAGUAAUGCUGUCGUGUCUCAAUUUCCGUCGAUAGUCUCUGAUCGUAGAGGGUCACCCUUGCCCCGUAUUGGUCUUAGCUACCAACCUCGCCUGUCUUGACUUACCUGGCCCAGUCCUAUAAAGAAGAGCCUGGGGCUAGCCCGAGAGAGUGCCGUCGUCGGAAUCGAUUUUCAAUCCCACCAACAUCGACAAUGACGAAUUCCCAACCGAUUCCGGCGAAGAAAAUGGGGUCCGAGAUGGCCUCGUCCUUCCGGUCCUUGUCUCCAACGGCUCAGGAAAUAGUAGCUCGUGACAUUGCUCAAUGCUCCGAUGACGAAACUAGCACGGGCGUGUUUGAUGAUGGCGACGAAGGAUCCGAGUCUGAAUCCGAAGGCGGGCCCGUGCUAUACACACAGCCGACUGGGGUUGCGUUCGGAUACAGGCGCCCGAGUAUGUUGUCGGAGCAGGUAGGCGAGCCUGUCCUGACGAGGCUAGAAAGGAAACAGUCUCGCGACGCAGAGCGUAGCCUGCUGAGGGACAACCAUCUCCUCCCACCCAAGCACGCCCCGGAGAAGCGGCCAGGGGCUCUCUCGAAGCUCUACAGAACCUUAUUCAGCACUAAGGUCCGUAGAUUCCCGAGCGGCGAGGAAGUUCCCAGGAUCACGGUCGGCUCCUCGGAAUCUUCACCUCUGCUGGCGGGGAGCGCCGACCAGCCGAGACCGGGCCACGAGCAUCUGAAUGAGCAAUGGGAGGCGGCCGUGGCCUCUGGUAUGAUCGAGACGACGUGGCAGAGAGAAGCCAAGACGAUAGCAACUUACUCGCGAUCGCUGAUCUUGACAUUCCUGUUACAAUACAGCGUCAAUAUCGCGAGCAUUUUCGCGGUGGGGCGGAUCGGAAAAGUAGAGCUUGGUGCCGUGAGCCUGGCUACCAUGUCGGCGAACAUUCUCUGCUACGCGCCGAUGCAGGGCCUCGCCACCAGUCUGGAUACUCUCUGUGCCCAGGCUUACGGUUCGGGGCACAAACACCUGGUGGGACUGCAGCUUCAGCGGAUGGUAUAUUUCUUGUGGACGCUCGUCGCGCCCGUAGCCGUCUUGUUCUUCUUCAGCGAGGAUAUCCUCCGCCUAAUAGUCCCCGACCCGCGGUCUGCCGAGCUGGCUGGCCUCUACCUCCGCAUCGUCACUAUAGGGGUCCCGGGGUUUGCCGCUUUCGAAGGUGGUAAACGAUUCGUCCAGUCGCAGGGUCUAUUCGUCGCAACGACUUUCGCGCUGCUAAUUGCGGCGCCCACAAAUAUCCUCGUCAACUGGUUCCUGGUCUGGCACCUCGGGUGGGGUUUCGUCGGUGCCCCUAUUGCCGUUGCGAUAACCCAGACGCUAGCCCCUCUCGCUCUACUCCUAUACGUGGUCUUCAUAGACGGGUCGCAGUGCUGGGGAGGUUUUACUCGCCGCGCCCUCGCCAACUGGAGCCCCAUGGUCCGGCUCGCUCUUCCCGGGAUGGUGAUGGUGAUGGCCGAAUGGCUUGCCUUCGAGAUACUUACCCUGGUGAGCAGCCAAUUCGGUACAUCGUACCUGGCAGCGCAGAGCAUCUUAGUCACUGUGACAUCGACGACUUUUAUGAUUCCGUUCCCCGUAUCUAUCGCGGCGUCGACGCGAAUCGCUAACCUGAUAGGGGCAAGGUUGAUCACUGCAGCUAAGACAUCAGCUAGAGUUGCAUUCUGGAUAGGGUGCAUCAUCGGCCUCUUCAACCUCACUGUACUCGCAAGCUUCCGUUACAAACUCCCGCUCCUCUUCACCCAGGACGAGGAGGUAAUCUCUAUUGUGGCAAAUGCCAUGCCCUUCGUCGCAGUCAUGCAGGUUUUUGACAGUUUAGCCGCGGUUGCCCACGGGUUGCUGCGCGGCAUCGGAAAGCAGUCGUUUGGGGGUUACGCAAACUUGUCCAUCUACUACCUUAUCGCCAUGCCGAUCUCUUUCGCCACCGCUUUCGCUCUGGAUUGGAAGCUCGCCGGUUUGUGGCUGGGGACUAUGGUUGGGCUCGCGUUGGUCGCGGCAGUUGAGUAUUGGUAUACGUACGUGUCAGAUUGGGAGCAGUCUGCUCGCGACGCAGAGAGUCGCAAUGCUGCCGGCUGAUCCGCAACGGCCAACUGUCGCGUAAAGCCUCAGAUGGCAGAGCAAGGAGGGUGUGAGAAGAAAGGGGCGGGACGGACCCUCUCGUCGGGUGGCAGGUUGGAUUUUGGACACCACACAUUUGGUACGCAGGUACCUACCUGUGCCGCCGGCUUCGGGAGGGCAGAGAGGCUGCGCGAACCGAUUUGCCUACGGUCUAGGAGGUAGCUGGUAUCUAGGUACCUAGGGAGCGUGCUAGGUAGGCGGCUGCUCCGUGCUUUACGUAGGUGAUCGAUGGCACCGUAGCACUAAGGCACCCGGAGAAUCUGAGACGGGAGGGCAUGCACAGGCCUAAAUGUCACUGAACCCCUCCCGCGGUGGCUGCGAUUUAAGACCUACGACGUAGGUAGACGGCGGGAUUACUGCUACCACGCGCCGAUGUUGCCGGUCGAGGACGUCGUGCCCCCUCUCCCAAUGUCCCACGAUCCUCUCUCGACCAGUUCAACUGCAAAAACAUCACAUCACUUCCGUGAAUUUUAAUGGGAUUACUGUUCUCGGCUCCGCUGGACGUGUACUUUAAUACCGGUCUUGAUAGGGGCGGAUCAGUGCACGAAUUACCGGAGGCGGAAAUGCGAUGAGACCUCUGAUUUUUAAUCAGCGAGCUGCGCCUGGGCGCACACAGCAUGCCCAACGCAACCAACGUAAU